GGUCUCUCUAUCAUCAACUACAAGUGGAGCAGGAGUGCAACAGCUUCCAUACGCACCAAGAUCCAGGAUUGGCAGAGUGUCUACCAGUCGACCCAUAUCCCCAUCCCCAAGUUCCCCUCGGUCGAUGAGUCGGCCACCUUCAUCGGGCGACUCUGUAGAGAGAUCUCCGCAUCACAGACCCAAAGUGACGUGUUACAUGGACCAGUUGAACACCUGGUACGACCUGAAGACCCACCAGGAGGUGACCAACACCGUCUGUUCUCUGAGAUACAGGACACCCUGGGACCUUCGGCCUCAACGGGCUCGACAGGCUCCUCUGCUUCAUGAUCGUCAAGGAACUGCAGAACUUCCUGUUGGUGUUUCAGAAAGACCAUCCUGAGAGACAAGGCUAUGGUGGAUGUCUUUAAAGCCAUGCUGAGGCUCUGUCAAUCCCGUCAAAGGUAUUGUGGCAAAUGCCAGUAAAGUCUACGCCAACGCUGUCUCCAGAACACAGAAGAUCUGGGGUCCGACUUGGAAUCCAUCAUGAAGGUUGGUCAGAUGCAGAUCCUGAGGCAACAGAUCGCCAACGAGUUGAACUACUCCUGCAAGUUUGACUCCAAACACCUCGCCGCUGCGCUGGAGAACCUCAACAAGUCUCUACUGGCUGAUAUAGAAGCCCACUACCAGGACCCCAGCCUUCCAUACCCCAAGGAGGACAACAACCUGCUGUAUGAGAUCACAGCCUCUCUGGAGCAGCAGGCAUUCACAACCCACUCAACAAGAUCUACAUUACAACCAAGCAUCUCCCUUCACCUGUUCUAUAUGUUGUAGAUCUACAUUACAACCAAGCACCUCCCUUCACCUGUUCUAUAUGUUUGUAGAUCUACAUCACAACCUAGUAACUCCCUUCACCUGUUCUAUAUGUUGUAGAUCUACAUUACAACCAAGCAUCUCCCCUACUGCACCUGUUCUAUAUGUUGUAGAUCUACAUUACACCCAGCAUCUCCCUUACUGCAUCUGUUCUAUAUGUUGCAGAUCUACAUCACAGCCUAU